CGAUCGCACAUCCUCAACCCCUUCACCGACCUCCGUGUCAAAGACCCAGACGACUACCAUGACGCACCUGCUCUCCCUCUCCCUCUCCCUCUCCCUUAUUAGCAGCGCCUCUUGUUUACCUUCUUCAACAAACAGUCUCUCACAUAUCAAUCUCUCUCCUCUUCAUCCCUAUUUUUCAAAACCCUAAUAAACACCUCCCAAUUUAAAUUUCGACUUCUAUUCUCUCUAAUUCGAUUUGAUCGGAUUGCUUUCCCUUCGAUUUCCCCCUAAUUUCUCUCAAUCGUUUGCGAGCUGUGGUUUUUUGUACGAUCGAAGCUUGUUGAUCGAGCAUGAGCGGCCAGACUCAGGGCGUGAAGAGUCCUCCUUUAAGAGGAUACCGGCGAAGGAAGACCGUGCUGGACUUAAACGUUCCUCCGAUUGAAGGAAGAGAUGACGAAGGGACUUCGACCACCCGCAUUGAACCUCCUGAAGGAGUGCAAGCAAGCCAUCAACGAAACGGACAAGGACCGUCUUUGCCGCCUCCUACUAUUGAUGUUGAUGCUAUCGACGACGACGACGACGUCAUCGAAUCGUCGCCCAGAGCGUUUGCUCAGGCUAAGAACAAUUCCCGGAGGGCUGUGGUCGUUGAUGUAGAGUCGGGUGGGCGAUUCACUCACAAUAAGCGUAGAAGGGUUCCGCCGAAUCAAACGAUCAUCAAUUGUGAUCUUUAUAUCAACUUGGAAGGCGGAAGUAGCAGCAGUAGCUCUAAGAGGGAGAACGUGCAGACCCUGCCGCCAAAGGAGCCAACCUUCAACUGCCCGAUUUGCUUGUGUCCAUUGGUCGAGGAGAUGUCAACAAAAUGCGGACACAUUUUCUGUAAGACUUGCAUAUCAGACGCAAUCAAAAGACAGGCCAAAUGCCCUACUUGUAGGAAAAGAGUCACUACUAAAGAGCUUAUUAGAGUGUUCCUCCCAGCAACCAGUUGAUUUUGAUGCUCACAUUCAAUUACUGUUUAUGGUUAAAUCAAAGGAGAGAUGGAACAAUGGUUAUAGCCUUUCGGUGGAUCCUAAUUUUUCGCAUGAAGGAAUUUAUCAAACUUAUUGUGCGGCUCAAAAUUAACAAUGCUCUGUGUCAAUAGUGGGUGUUAUUGGAAUAAAAUUUAUGUUUAAUGGAUGCUUAUAUGCUGGAUCAUCAGUCUGUUUUCCUUUGCUGUGUUGGCUGAGAUUGCGCAGCGCAAGAUGGCAAUGGAGAUUUUGUGACAUUUAGGAAGUAAAUUGAAUAUUUAAGUCCUAUGCUAUAAAAGUUAUAGAUAUUACAUUGAUAU